GUUAGGUGUAAUAAGGGAAGGGCUAUGAGGGUCCAAAGUGGGCACCUAUGACCACCUAACAGACCAUAGAGUAAAGAGUUAUCGCUUUCAUUCUCCUUAAGCCAUGAAUGAAUAUGCAUAGCUCUAGUUAUGUUGUGUCUACUAUACUGUUCCAUUAGCCAUCAAUGCUUCUCAUCAAAACAACAUUACUCUGCCUAACUAGGAGUGUAGUAGAGUAACUGGUAAAUCAUCAAUUAAUGCUGCUUUUAAUUCCUUGCCAUUUCUAUUCCUACAAAACAGCACUAACUAGCUUAAAUUUGAGUGCUUUUUCUAAUAACCAUGAUUUAUACUCAUAUUAAUAUUAAUUAACUCAUACUAAUACUCCAUAUACUCUCUCUUAUUUCAAUUAUUUCUGUCUAAUGAUUCAACUUUGUCUUGAUUCAGAAUCACUAAAAUUCCUCUCUAGAAAAAGGAAACCGUUUCUUUUUGGUUACCAAGCAUAUGCAGAGGUAAACAACACAAAAUUCAGAUCUUGAGCUUUCACAAACACUUGUUGAAGAGCUUUGCUUUGAAUUUUGACUUUGUUUGACUAGACAGUGACAUGUAUUCCUGGAAUAGUAGUAUAGUUUCCACUAUUGAAUUCAAAAGCAUGGUCUUAGUUUAUUGUUUGAAUUUGAUUUGAUUUUUAUGAUUAUUCUAUAAUAAUCUAUAGUCUAUUGGGGUUGGUGGAGUUAAUUAUUAUUCUAUUAGUGUCAAUGGUUGUUAGUUGACUCCUUUCUCAUGUUAAGUAUAUGGUAUUAAAUUGUAGCUUUUAAUAUUAUACUAGAUUUUGUUGCAUAAUUGGUGAGAGAGAUAUUUGGUCUUUUGAUUUGGAUUUACAAUUUCAAGGCGUUGAAAAGUAGUGGAUUGAAGUGGUAAAGUGGGAUUUUCAUGUGGAAGGUUUGUCUCUACUCUAAGUCUAAGAUAUGCUGAGCUGUGAUGAUGAUCAUGAUGAUGGAGAUAUUGAUCUAUUCUAUGACUCAUUGGAUAGUUUAACAGGUGAAGAUUCUGUUUUAGACGAAGAAGGGUUUGGUUCUGAAAGGAGAGGUUGUUUUGUUUAUGAUGAAAUUUGGGUGAAUGAGCCUAUUAGUGUGAAGGAAAGAAGGGAACGUUUUCUGCAGGGUAUGGAUUUAGCUUACUCUUCUUCCAAGGUUUGUUCACAAGAGAAAACAACGUGUUUUGAUGACUGGUCGGUCACAUUGGGGUCGGAGAGGAUCGUAGCGAGCAGUGGAGCAGUCUCAAAUGCAAGCAUUUCACCUUCUGGUAAAGUAUCUGGGAAGUUGGUUCUCUCUGGAUGGAAUGCAGCUUCUGAAGCUGAAGUCUUGUUGGAAGAUCUUAAAAGGCGUCGUGAGUAUGAAGUGGACGGUAGUUUUCAAGAGCACAGACAGAGAGAAGGUGAGGCAAAAGAAGAAUUUUGGGAUUUCGAUAAUGGUAAAGCUAAUAGGAAAAACUGGUUGAAGCGUUUUGUGAACAUCAGGAAAGGCGACAAAGGAAAUUUUAGAUCAAAACUGAAUGCAGCAACGAACAAAACUCGUAGAGUGAAGGUAAAGCAGAAUAAAAAGAGGUGGAUGGAGUUCAGUGAGGUAUACAUUGGACAAGAAAUUAGAGCUCACAAAGGACUAAUAUGGACUAUGAAAUUCAGUCCCAAUGGUCAGUAUUUGGCUAGUGGAGGUGAAGAUGGUGUUGUGCGCAUAUGGCGCGUUUUCUCACGUAACAAAAGCCAUCCUCCCUUUGUUUCCCUUCCAAAUGAUAUUUUUCAAAUUGAGGAAUCGCCACUUCAAGAAUUGUUUGGUCAUUCCAGUGAUAUCUUGGAUUUGGCCUGGUCUAAUUCAGAUAUUCUUCUUUCGUCUUCGAUGGAUAAAACUGUUCGUGCUUGGAAAAUCAGUUGUGAUCAAUGUCUAAGUGUUUUCCCUCACAAAGGCUUUGUGACAUGCAUUCAAUUCAACCCUGUCAAUGAAAAUUACUUUAUCAGUGGAUCCAUUGAUGGUAAAGUUCGAAUAUGGGGAAUACGUGAAGAACGAGUUAUUGACUGGGCAGAUAUACGAGAUGUCAUAAGUGCUAUAAGUUACCAACAAGAUGGAAAAGGAUUUGUAGUUGGUUCUCUUACAGGCACAUGCCGUUUUUAUGUUGCUUCAGGAAAAUAUUUCCAGCUUGAGGGGCAGAUAGAUAUCCCUGGAAAGAAGAAAGCAUCAGGCAACAAGAUUACUGGCAUUCAGUUCUUCCAAAACAACUGUCAGAGAAUUAUGAUCACAUCUGAAGAUUCCAAAAUCUGCAUAUUGGAUCAAACUGAGAUUGUUCAGAAAUACAAAGGCCUUCCAUGGUCAGGAAGUCAGAUGUCCGGUUCAUUUACAUCAAGUGGGAAACAUAUAAUUUCAGUCGGAGAGGACUCACACGUGUAUAUUUGGAACUUCAAUGACUUCAAAAGUGGUUCUUCGAAAAAAACGAAAUCGGACUAUUCUUGUGAGUACUUUUCCUUCAAGGGUGUAACUGUUGCAAUACCUUGGUGUGGCAUGAAAACAGAUAGACGUGGCUGUAGAAUUAACUUUUCUCACUAUUCUCCGGAAGCAAAAAGCAAGCUAGAGGUUGCUUCUGAGGUUAGAGAUACAGAACGAUUUUCUCUUGGUAAUUGGUUCUUCAUUGAUGGUACAUGCCGAGGUUCUACUUCUAUGACAUGGCCUGAGGAGAAACUUCCAACAUGGGAUUUACCUCUUGUAGAAGAUGAAUGUGAUCAUCAAAAUUUAUGUCACGAAGAUAGUAGCCAUGGAAGGAAUAUAUCAGAAACAUGGGGUCUAACAAUAGUAGCAGCUGGCAGUGAUGGAACUAUCAAGACAUUCCACAAUUUUGGCUUGCCUGUUAGGCUCUAGGACAAUGCCAUGUUGAUUGUUUUCAAUUUUUCAUGAGAAGUUUUGGCUCGGUAAAGGUGUAAAUUUUCACGUGGUGGCCUUAGAUUCUAAGUAUAAUAAGUUGCUUAGAAUUAUGGAAGGUGGAUUUGAAGCUUGUGGUUGUAUCAUCUGCGUACAGGUAAAAUCACUGUCAAAUCCGUGUUGGAUGUCAAGUUCUUGACAGAUUCCAGGAUUUCUAUAUUUACACUUUAGGUAUGCCUUCAAUUCAAUAUGGUUCGGGUGGAAAAUUUAGGCCACAGGCCAUGCAAAGAAUCCUUUUUUUCAUCGUCUAACAUUUUGUUAGUUGAUUUAUAUAACAGGUGCAUAAUGAAAAGUGCAAUUGAUGUUUUGAUUAAAUGUGAUUUUAUUAGAGUUUUUUUUUGUCAAGUAGCCUAGUGGAUAGAGCUCACACAAUUUAAUUGUAGAGAAGUCGAGUGUCCGGGGUUCGAACCCCGGCCCCUGCAUAUAAUAUGUAAUAUCCCUACCAACUGAGUUAAGCUCACGGGGAUUUUUAUUGGAGUUUUCUUACCAAUUAAUUAAGCACUUGCUUUAGGUUUUAUUGCAGCAUGGCUAAAUUAUUGUUAUGGCACAGAUCCUAGUUUUUUUUUUGA